AUGGCUUCUGAGGAAGGCCCCAAGGAUAUUGUGUGCAGGGCCGCCGUGGCCUUUGCCCCAGAAGAGCCUCUGAAGGUGUGCACGGUGAUAGUGGCUCCCCCCAAGGCCGGCGAAGUUCGCGUCAAAGUUCUUUACUCAGCGCCUUGCCACACUGACGAGUUCACGCGCAGCGGCAAAGACCCCGAGGGCCAGUUCCCCUGCGUGCUGGGCCACGAGGCCGCGGGGGUGGUGGAGGCGGUGGGGGAGGGUGUGGAGCUGUGCAGUCCUGGGG